UAUCUAUGGUUUAGUUAAAAAUUGAAGUGAGCUCUGAAACUUCGUUUUUGUAAUCGCGUUUUUCAUAUAAUCACGUUUAAAAUGCUGCUAUAAUAUAAGUAUUAAACACACGUGCCUCAUUAAUCUUUAAAAACGCGUAAAGUGCAAAGACGGUUAGAUACUUUUUUGAAAUUAUAUGAUUACUUUGUUCCAUUUGACAAAUUGCGCUAGACCGCAUAUUUAAAAUGGCAGCCCUACCACGUAGAAUAAUCAAAGAGACACAGCGAUUGAUGCAAGAACCUGUGCCGGGAAUAAGUGCGGUGCCUAGCGAGUCCAAUGCACGCUAUUUCCAUGUGAUUGUAACGGGUCCUGAGGAUUCGCCAUUUGAAGGUGGACUAUUCAAAUUAGAACUAUUUCUACCAGAAGAUUACCCCAUGUCAGCACCGAAGGUUAGAUUUAUAACUAAAAUAUAUCACCCGAACAUAGACCGGCUUGGUCGUAUAUGCCUGGACAUAUUGAAAGACAAGUGGAGUCCGGCGCUUCAAAUUCGUACGGUGCUUCUAUCUAUCCAGGCGUUACUAUCCGCGCCGAAUCCAGACGACCCACUUGCGAACGACGUUGCAGAACUGUGGAAAGUAAACGAAAGCGAGGCAAUCCGUAAUGCCAAGGACUGGACCAGGAGAUAUGCAAUGGACAACUGAGCGUAUGCAAUUGCAACCAGUGCCUCCCCACACUCGAAAGACGUGGAAGAAACUAACAUAAUUAUAUUAUUAUCAUGAUUUAAGAGUGCAAGUUAUGUUUACCUAGACCAUUAACUUGUGAAGAGACAAUUGUGAAAUUAUUGCUAAGGUUGCUGACCAUCGCAGCCCUUAUCUUGCAUUUGCAUGUAGACCCUUAUACUGUAUAGGCACGAUCGACAGCCCACUGUUUACCCACUCACUUGUAGCUUCAUUAUGAUAUUAGGUAUGCAUAUUUUUUUACUGUAAUAAAAAUAGCAAAUUUAACAUCGGGAGAAUGUAUAUAUAUUCAAUGUUUAUGAAAUUUGGUUAAUUUUAUACAAGGAUAGUGUGUAUUGUCACAAAGUUCAUUGCCUUUGCUGGAAUCUUAUUAAUAAGUUCUGUAAAUGCAAUCAGUUCCCUGAUCUCUAGUGAUACUGAAUGAUUUUCAUGGUAGACAGUUGAAGGAUAUUAAAUAAUUUAUUUCAGUGAUCAUCUUUUAUUUUUCUGAGAAUCUUAAGUGUACUAUUUUUAUUGUAUAAAAGUUAUGAUUAAAUUGUAUUUAUGUAAAUUUCAUUUGGCUUUGUGAGCAACUUCAAAAUACAUAAUAUACAAAAGCUAA